AUGGCUCCGAUCUCCGACGUAUUAUCCCAACGUGCCAUCAAAAGCUUCACCCUAGGCGAAAGGGCAGAUUACUUCUGGGAAGUGAAGAAACUCCCGCAGUACGACGCACAAAAGAGACCAGAUGGGUUCAUUGAUCUUUCUGGAUCUGUGAACAACCUUAUGCACGACUGGACGAAGGAAUACGCCGACGAAGCGAUCCGCGGUAUGGAUGCUCAUUUCCUGCUGAACUACGGCCCCCUUCAUGGUUCAAAAGACGUUCGGCACGGUGUUGCCAACGUGUACAACAAAUUCUUUAACCCGAAAUGUCCCAUUGAUGACACCAAUAUUUUCGCAAUCAAUGGCGUGAGUUCAGCGAUUGACAUGCUCGCGUGGGUUCUUGCGGACCCCGGUGACACAAUAUUGAUCCCAGUUCCGACGUUCUUCAUGCUAGACUUCGACUUGGCAGUACGGACUGGGAUUAAGGUAGUCACAGUUGCCACAGACCACCUCGAAGAUACUUUUGGUCCUGGUUCUGCUGAAGAGUUUGCCGAAGCCAUUGCCAUGGCUGCGGACGGCAUUCACGGCAGUCGGGUACGUGGUGUCUUUCUCUGCAAUCCCCAAAACCCACAAGGCCGUUGCUACUCCAAGCAAACCCUCCGCGCGUUGGUCGAAACAUGCCGUCAACGGGGCUUGCAGCUAGUGGUGGAUGAGAUAUAUGGCCUGUCGCAUUUCGGAAGCGAACGGGAGCCUUUUACCUCAGUUCUGGGCGCCACGGAUCAGAGAUCAGACAACCAUGUACACAGCCUCUGGGGCUUGAGCAAGGAUUUUGGUAUGGGCGGUCUCAGACUGGGAUUCGUUGUUUCUAGAAAUGGAACAUUGCGAGAGGCAUUGGCUAGGAUCUCUUGGUUCACCUGGCCGGCUUCGUUUUCCGAUAACUUUGCGUCUCGCCUGCUUCAAGAUGAAUCGGCUCUUGAGAACUAUGUACGCACAUACCAAAGCCGGCUUGCACAGGCUUAUGAGAACGUAUCAGAAGCUCUCCUUCAACACCAGAUUCCAUUUCAGUCUGCAACUGCGGGGUUGUUCAUCUACAUUGACCUUCGAAGGUGGAUCAACCAAUUUGAGGGAGCAGAUGACCCCGAGUUGCAGUUGUGGAAACAUCUUGUGAAUUCAGGAGUUGGCGUAAAUCCAGGAAAGUUCGCGGGCAGUACCAAAGCAGGCUUUUUUCGGCUGGUGUUUACCAAAGAUGUUGACGCCACUGUAGUCGCUAUCUUGAGGAUGGGCGUGGCACUUAAAAGGCUUGAAGCGAAAGUCUGA